CUUAUAUUGAUUUAAAGUCCAUCUCAACUUGCGAACUAUUACGAGCAUCUAUACCCCGGAAGGUCAUAUCCAUACAACCAGAACAACCGACACGCCAUGGAGAAAGCAGUAAUCCGCCGCAUCAAACACCGCUACCCCCUAACAACAACCGACCUAACGGCUACCGAACUCCUUGCCCUAACACGCACUCUCCUCUUCGAGAACCCACCAGUCUACCAAAUAUCACGGCCCACACCCGCCCAGAUCCUCCCAAACGAACGCCUCAAAGAAGAAAUCAAAUUCCUCCCACCCGCGCUCCGCCGGAAUAAACUGGUGCAGAUGAUACCGAAGUAUAUCGGUCGGGAGGCGGAGCUGUGUGCUUCGCAUAGUGGGCUAAAUGCGUAUGUUGUCGGGCAUUUAUUUCACUUGGUCAAGGCGGAGGUUACGCGGCGGUUGGAGAAGAUGGAUCGUAGGGCUGAGUGUCUGGAGAUGUUCGAGAUAAAACUGCUUCGCUCGAUCCAAUCUAUUCGACGGCUUUGGGGAGAAAAAUCGCCAGAGGAUGAUGGUGAGGCGCCGAUUGGUGCGCCGGGGGAGCAUUAUAAUAAAUGUGAGGCAUGUAUGCUUGCGCGGAUAGUGGGGGAGCCGUUGUUCCUGCGGAAUCUGCGGAUUGCGAUUUUGAGUCGGACGAGGACGAGGAGGAAAUCCAGGUCACCUAGGUUGUUGAGGUUUAUCGAGGGGUGUAUUGAGUGUCAUGGGGAGGCGUUUAGGGUGUUGCAUGAGAGCGGGCAGUUGGCAAUUGAUUUUAAGGAGGCGAGGAAAGUUGCCGCGAGGAAGAGACGGGAUCGUCAUUCGUAUGAGCAGGUUGAAAGCAGACCGAAGGAAUCGAGCACGGCGUCUAUCCUUGUUCAUCUGGAUCCGAAAUUGCAGAGGGAGUGCUUUGAGCAAAGUACUUUGCGACUCGAAUCAGAAGAAGACAAGGCACCCAACACGGAGGCUGAUGAGACGGAAGAGAACGUCUCGCUAUACAAAGAAACCCCAGACGAAGAUAUGGACGAGACUCUGGUAUCAACCGAUCCUUUUCUUAGUGAUACGACUGCAGUAUCACCCAUCAGUCUGUUAUCACCCAAGAAACAUUCUUCCAACGCAAAACAGACCCUAGCUGGCACCAUCCCGUCCCGCGACAUGCUUGACUGGGACCAGGUAGUGAAUUACGAAAAAAGUCCUCUUGAUUCUUUGGCCAGAAAAAUAGAAGCCAUAGAGCUCGAAGGACCAGAUAUGAGCGAUGGCCCAGACGCGGGUAUUCUGGCCAUGGAUUAUCGAGAUUUGAUUGGGAAAGAGACAUGCUAUUCUGAAUCUGAGUACAGCCAGGAAACAUCUGAAGGUGAGGAUGCCAAAGAAUCAGGUCGUCCGGUUACGACGUGGAGUCUUUUCGUAAGCGAUGAUGAGAUAGCUCGUCGAAAGAUUUUAUGA